AGGAGCGCAGGCGGGGCCCGACGGCAGCCACCCGCGGGACCAGACUUGGCGCGGGUGUCUCGAAGAUGCUCGAGGGCCUGGGGUCGCCCGCCUCGCUCCGGGCAGCUGCAAGCGCCUCGGUCGCAGGGUCGUCGGGGCCAGCGGCCUGCUCGCCUCCCUCGUCCUCGGCCCCGAGGUCCCCGGAAUCCCCGGCCCCCCGGCGGGGCGGUGUGCGCGCCAGCGUCCCACAGAAACUGGCCGAGAUGCUGAGCAGCCAGUAUGGGCUGAUCGUGUUCGUGGCGGGGCUGCUGCUGCUGCUGGCCUGGGCCGUGCACGCCGCGGGCGUGAGCAAGAGCGACCUGCUGUGCUUCCUGACGGCGCUCAUGCUGCUGCAGCUGCUGUGGAUGCUGUGGUACGUGGGCCGCAGCUCCGCGCACCGCCGCCUCUUCCGCCUCAAGGACACGCACGCCGGUGCCGGCUGGCUGCGCGGUAGUAUCACAUUGUUUGCAGUCAUUACCGUCAUCCUGGGAUGCCUUAAAAUUGGAUACUUCAUUGGAUUUUCAGAAUGUUUAUCAGCCACUGAAGGAGUUUUCCCAGUCACCCAUUCAGUGCAUACUUUGUUGCAGGUAUAUUUUCUUUGGGGGCAUGCAAAGGAUAUUAUCCAGUCUUUCAAAACACUGGAAAGGUUUGGGGUGAUCCACUCGGUGUUCACCAACCUGCUUCUGUGGGCCAACGGCGUCCUCAAUGAGUCAAAGCACCAACUCAAUGAGCACAAGGAACGGCUCAUCACUCUGGGUUUUGGGAACAUAACAACAGUUUUAGAUGACCACACACCACAAUGUAACUGCACGCCCCCAACUCUCUGUACUGCCAUCUCCCACGGGAUCUACUAUCUGUACCCCUUCAACAUAGAGUAUCAGAUCCUGGCCUCCACAAUGCUCUACGUCCUGUGGAAGAACAUCGGGCGCAAAGUUGACAGCCAUCAGCACCAGAAGAUGCAGUUCAAGUCUGAUGGGGUCAUGGUGGGCGCAGUCCUGGGCCUGACCGUGCUGGCCGCCACCAUUGCUGUGGUGGUGGUGUACCUGAUUCAUAUUGGGCGCUCCAAGACCAAGAGCGAGUCGGCACUCAUCAUGUUCUACCUGUACGCCAUCACCCUGCUGAUGCUUAUGGGGGCUGCGGGGCUGGCUGGAAUCCGGAUUUACAGGAUAGACGAGAAGUCACUGGACGAGUCCAAAAAUCCGGCCCGCAAACUGGACUCGGACCUCUUGGUGGGCACUGCCUCGGGCUCCUGGCUUAUCUCCUGGGGCUCAAUCUUGGCCAUCCUCUGUGCUGAGGACCACCCCCGCUACACCUGGUACAACCUGCCCUACUCCAUCCUGGCGAUCGUGGAGAAGUACAUCCAGAACCUCUUCAUCUUUGAAUCCAUUCACCGAGAGCCUGAAAAACUCUCUGAGGACAUCCAAACCCUUCGGGUGGUCACAGUCUGCAAUGGCAACACCAUGCCCCUUGCUUCUUCCUGCCUCAAGAGUGGAGGUGUGGCCGGAGACGUGGCUCCCCGGGGCAAGGACAUGCCACCAGCAGCCAAUGGAAAUGUGUGCAUGAGAGAAAGCCGUGACAAGGAGGAGGAGAAGCAGGAGGAGAGCAGCUGGGGAGGGAGCCCAAGCCCAGUCCGCCUUCCCCGUUUCUUACAGGGCAACGCCAAGAGAAAAGUCCUGAGGAAUAUUGUAGCCUUCUUGUUCCUCUGCAAUAUUUCGCUUUGGAUACCUCCCGCCUUUGGCUGUCGACCUGAGUAUGACAACGGAUUGGAGGAGAUUGUCUUUGGCUUUGAACCCUGGAUAAUUGUGGUCAACCUGGCCAUGCCUUUUUCUAUUUUCUAUCGAAUGCACGCAGCUGCCUCCCUCUUUGAGGUCUAUUGUAAGAUAUAGUCUGGGUCCACAAGAGACCUAGGAGUGAGCUAACAAGAGUUCAUUGGAGCCAACUAGGAGUGGCCAGGUUGGACAAAUAUUGCCUGACAAAUAUGAGAAGGGCCACCUUUUGUCUGCAAAGAUUGUGCUUCCUGUGGGCUGGAACUGCCCAUCAACCCUGAUGAAUGUAAACAAGUUAGAUCAAAAUCCAUGAGGUGGCUGGAAUCUGUCCUUGGUUAAUUAAAUGCUAAUCAAGCCCAAAUUAUUUUAUUUCCUUCUAAAUGAUUUAGAAGAAUGUGAUUCUGGCUUGGGAAAAAAUCUAUCCAGUUUGUUUUUCAUAAAAAGCAUUUUCUUUGUGUCAUUUAUCACAUGACUCCAUACAACCUUUUCCUGACCACCUGCAUAGUAAUUUACACUUUAAAAAUUUAUCCUUCUCAAAGCCUAUGAAUUUAGACACAAUCACAAUGAGUUUAUAUUGUUUCUGAAUAGGUUUAAUUUCUUGAAGUUAUUUUUAUCAUCUGGAUAGAAAUUUGUGUACAGACCAAUAUAAAAACAUAUUUCUUAUCUGAAAUGUUGACACAUUUUUGUGAUCAUUUUCAAGUAUUUUUAAAAAGAAAUUUCACUGUUCUUUCACUUUAAAUACUUACAUGUUUAUUGUAAAAAAUUUGGAUAUUUCAGAAAAGUAGAGAGAAAAAGUCACCUAUGAUGCCAUUGUUCAAUUAACAAUUACUUUUAAUAUCUUGGUGUAUUUCUUCCAACCAUGUUGAUGAGAUUCUUUUUAUUGUCAUUAUUAUACCUUUGAAUGAUGAUGCAACAUAUUUGAUUUUGUAUUCAGUUAUUUUGCCACUUAACAAUAUGGCAUAAACCUUGCCCCCAUAUUGUUAUAAAUUCUUUAUAAAUAUUUUAAUGCUGUAAGAUAGUCUAUCAAGUGAAUGUACGUUAAUUAACAUAGUUUCCUAUGGUUGGUUUUACAGUGUUUAUAACUUUUUGCUUUUAUAAGUAACUCUGAAAAAUCAACCAUAUUUGUGAAGCAUUUCCUAUAUUUAGAAUUGCUUCUUUAAGAUAUGAAAUUACAAUUAGGAUGCCUAGCCCAAAGAUUAAGAUUAUAAAUAUUUCAAAGGUGCCUAAGGAAUAUUGACAUUUGGGAGGACUUUGUAUAGUUUUUCCAUAGCUAUUUUAAAAUAAUAAUAAAAUUAAUUUUCUUACUGU